AUGGAGAUGAGGUAUGCCUUCACAGGUUACAAUUUGUUUCAUGUGUGGGAUAAAAGGUUAGGUAAAAGCAGGGAUGAAACAAAGCUGGUUUGGAUUUCUCAUGGAAAGGAAAAGAGUCUAAAACUGGCUUCUGUUUCACACAUCAUCGCAGGACAGAGAACAGCUGUCUUUAGAAGAUACUUGCGCCCUGAAAAAGAUUAUCUGUCAUUUUCCCUUAUUCAUAAGAGGGGGGAACGAUCACUUGAUCUGAUCUGCAAGGACCAAGCUGAGGUAGAGAUAUGGUUUUCAAGCCUAAAGGCAUUAAUUUCCACUGGAGAGCGUGUUCGGCGCGGAACAAGUGAUUUAAGCAGUGAAAGUGGUGACUUUGUUGCUGGAACACUAGAGUUCGCAUCAAACAUUGCCCGUAACAGGUUUUCUUUUGAAUCAGCAUCCCAUGAAUCUACAUCAUCUUGGUCAAGAUCAGAUACAAAUAUGCCAAUAAGGACAAGUAUUGGAGAUGGUUCUCGUGUUAGUAUAUCAAGUAUUAGCCACUCAAGUAGUGUAGGAUCAGGACUAGAUGACAUAGAAUCUCUUGGUGAUGUUUAUAUAUGGGGAGAGGUUUGGGCAGAUGGCAAUUCAUCUGAUGGAUUGGGGAGUCAAGCCACUUGUAAAACAGAUGUGUUGAGUCCUAAGCCAUUAGAAUCUGACGUUGUUCUUGAUGUUAAUCAGAUCGGGACUGGUGUACGUCACAUUGCUUUAGUUACAAGGCAAGGAGAGGUUUUCACAUGGGGAGAGGACUCUGGUGGAAGACUUGGCCACGGCUUUGAAAAAGAUUUUGGUCGACCUCAUCUUGUGGAGUCCCUGGCAAUGUCCAACAUGUCUUUUGUUGCAUGUGGUGAAUAUCAUUCAUGUGCUGUGUCUCUAUCAGGUGACCUGUUCACCUGGGGUGAUGGUACACAUGGUGCAGGACUUCUUGGUCAUGGCAGUGAUGUUAGCUACUGGAUACCAAAGAGGGUCUGUGGCCCUUUAGAGGGACUUCAGGUUGUAUCCGUAGCUUGUGGCUCAUGGCAUUCAGCAUUAGCAACCUCCCAAGGGAAAUUGUUUACCUUUGGUGAUGGAAGAUUUGGAGCAUUGGGCCAUGGGGAUCGAGAGAGUGUAUUAUAUCCAAAGGAGGUACAAUUAUUGAGUGGACACAAGGCUAUUAAGGUUGCAUGUGGAGUGUGGCAUACAGCAGCUAUUAUAGAGAUUAUGGAUUCUUCUGGUUCAACUGCUUCAUCCAGGAAGAUCUUCACAUGGGGUGAUGGUGAUCAGUAUCGUUUGGGUCAUGUUAACAAGGAAAAUUACCUUCAACCAACUUGUGUAGCUGCCCUUGCUGAUUAUGGUUUUAAUCAGAUUGCAUGUGGGUACACCAUGACUAUUGCACUCACUGUAUCUGGUCAUGUUUUCACAAUGGGAGGCACAGCAUAUGGUCAACUAGGAAACCCAACUUCUGAUGGAAAAGUGCCAAUUCUAGUUCGAGAUAAGUUAGUAGGUGAGUUCGUGGAGGAAAUAGCAUGCGGAGCACAUCAUGUUGCUGUGUUGACUUCACGAAGUGAACUAUAUACUUGGGGAAGAGGUGCAAAUGGAAGACUAGGACAUGGAGACACAGAUGACCAGAAAACUCCAACAUUGGUGGAAGCCUUGAAAGACAGACAUGUUAAGAAUAUCUCAUGCGGCUCUACCUUUACAUCUUGUAUAUGCCUGCAUAAGUGGAUCUCUGGAGUUGACCAAUCUGCUUGCUCUGAUUGUCGACAACCAUUUGGUUUUACCCGAAAAAGGCAUAAUUGCUAUAAUUGUGGAUUGGUGUUUUGUCAUCCUUGUAGUUCAAAAAAGGCUUCCAAAGCAGCAUUGGCUCCAACACCUAGCAAACCACAUCGCGUGUGUGAUGCUUGUUAUGCUAAGUUAAAAGCUUCUGAUAGUGCUUCCAAUUUAAAUAAAGAAUUUACUCGUCCUUCUAUUUCCAUAUAUGGAAAGGAAAAAUUUGACAGGGGAGAGGUUAAGUCUUCAAGAGUUAUCUUACCUCCCAUCACAGAACCAGUAAAAUACCUUGAGAUUAGGAAUAGUAAGCCUGGAAAUAUAGAUGAAACUUCUUCCAUAGUCCGAGCGGCUCAAGUUCCUAUGAGUUUGCAAUUGAAAGAUAUUGCAUUUCCAAUUUCGCUGAGUUCGGCACAGAAUAUUUUCAAGCCUAUUUUACAUUCUACUCAAACAUCAACUCCAAAACCUAUCACACCAUAUCCUAAAAGGCCACCAAGCCCACCUCGUUCUACCUCCCCUGGAUUUUCAAGAACCCUUAUUGAUAAUUUAAGGAAGAAAAGUGAUCAUAUGAAUCAAGAAGUCUUUAAAUUGCAAACGAAAAAUAAAAGUUUGAAGCAGAAGAGUGACAGACAAGAAAUGAAGAUUCAGGAGCUUCAGAAAUAUAUUGAAGAGGAAUCUUCUAAGCUUAGAGAAUCAAAGAAAUUUAUUAAGUCCAUGACAGAUAAGUUGAGGGAAGUGACUGAGACAUUGCCACCUGACAAUGAGACUUUGAGAACCAUGCAUGCUCAAGCCGAAGAAUUUCUUCGUGAAGAAAAACAUUUUGAACCUUCUUCCUCCACACCGAGAGUCAAGUCACCUGCCUCAGAUAAUAACUCUUCAAAGCUGCAAGAGCGAAGAAUGAAAGGAAAUGAUGAUGCUUCUGGGGUUGUUUCACCCAUGGAUGGAGAAAAUAUUGAAGAGAUCAGAAACUCAACUGUAACUAGUCCAGCAAUGACUCCAACUAUCUCAAGAAAAGUAACAAGAUUAAGUGACAAUAGUAUACAAAUGACAGAAGGAGAAAGAUCAAUCAUUGAACAAUUUGAGCCAGGUGUUUUUGUCACACUCGUAGAACUACCUUGUGGUUACAAAGUUUUCAAACGAAUUAGAUUCAGUAAACGGAAAUUCAAUGAGCAGCAAGCAGAAGAGUGGUGGAACCAAAACAAAGAAAAGGUAUAUAUUACAUAUAGUCCACCACCCACAAAAAAUGCAAUAACUGGAUCAUCCAUUCCCUCUCCAAAUCCUGAAGAGAAUACUGAAUCAUUACCUUCUUCCUAA